AACCGCCUCCUCCUCCUCCGACGAUCCGGCGCGCGCUCCCUUUAAAAUCCCCCCAUUUCCUCCUCCUCCUCCUCCUCGUCGUCGUCGUCUCCCCCACUCGAUCGAUCCAUCCAUCGAUCGAUCGGUCCCCCCCAUCGCGCGCGACGCAUUCCGCCGCCGUCUCGCCGUGUCCACGUGAUGGGGGCCGGGGCUAGGGGAUAGGCGGAUAGCCAGCAGCCACCACCACCAGUAGUUGCCGUGUGGGGAUAGGUGUGGCUAUAGGGCUAGUGGUCGUCGCUGAUAGCGAGGUGGGUAGGGUUAAUUUUGGUUGGAGGUAGAGAGAGAGAGAGAGGGAGGGAGGGAGGAGGAGGAGGAGGAGGAGGAGGAGGAAGAACAGGAGGAAGAUGGGGCGGGGCAAGGUGCAGCUGAAGCGGAUCGAGAACAAGAUCAACCGGCAGGUGACCUUCUCCAAGCGCAGGUCGGGGCUGCUCAAGAAGGCGAAUGAGAUCUCCGUGCUCUGCGACGCCGAGGUCGCGCUCAUCAUCUUCUCCACCAAGGGCAAGCUCUACGAGUACGCCACCGACUCAUGUAUGGACAAAAUCCUUGAACGUUAUGAGCGCUACUCCUAUGCAGAAAAGGUCCUUAUUUCAGCUGAAUCUGACACUCAGGGCAACUGGUGCCACGAAUAUAGGAAACUGAAGGCUAAGGUUGAGACAAUACAGAAAUGUCAAAAGCACCUCAUGGGAGAGGAUCUUGAAUCUUUGAAUCUCAAAGAGCUGCAGCAGCUGGAGCAGCAGCUGGAAAAUUCGUUGAAACAUAUCAGAUCCAGAAAGAGCCAACUAAUGCUCGAGUCCAUUAACGAGCUUCAACGGAAGGAAAAGUCACUGCAGGAGGAGAAUAAGGUCCUACAGAAAGAAAACCCUUGCUCCUUCCUACAGCUGGUGGAGAAGCAGAAAGUCCAGAAGCAACAAGUGCAAUGGGACCAGACACAACCUCAAACAAGUUCCUCAUCAUCCUCCUUCAUGAUGAGGGAAGCCCUUCCAACAACUAAUAUCAGUAACUACCCUGCAGCAGCUGGCGAAAGGAUAGAGGAUGUAGCAGCAGGGCAGCCACAGCAUGUUCGCAUUGGGCUGCCACCAUGGAUGCUGAGCCACAUCAACGGCUAAGGAGGCUUCAGAUCCAUACCAGUAAUCACAAGUUGCAACCUGACCCGGUCCGGUCGCCUGCUGCUCUGGUUUACUACUAGUACUAUUGUCAUCUUGCGGUUGCGAGACGAGGAAAGCAUUUUAGCCCUAAAUUCAGCAUUAGUAGCAAGCUGCAAUGUGUAUAUUUUGGCUUCGUCCAGCACCGUCUUCCUCCCACCAGUAAUUUACCCAUGUAAUAUAUGCGAGUAGCAUGAACAAAUUUUCCCGUUUCCAACCAUCUCCAUUGGUGUCAUGUGUGACUUAAAUAGCGAAAUUUCAGCAUUGUGCAUAGUGUGAUUACUGUAAGAUAAAUAAACUUUGUAGACAAUAAGUCUCCGUUAUCUUGCUGAUUGGA